UAACUGAGAGUCUUUGUCCGAGAGGCUAUCAGCUGUUGAACGCAACCUGCCAGCCUUGCCAGAGGGGAGCAUUCUCAGAUUCGCUGGAUGCCGGGUGCAGGCCGUGUCCGAACUUUACGACAAGCGAAGCAGAAGGCUCCGAAGCUUGCAUUGCUCCGUCUCCCUGCCACGGUCAGCUGUGCAGCGGGCAUGGUGUGUGUGUGGUAGACAAAAACCUGAUACCUGUGUGUCACUGUAACUUCGGCUUCGUGCCAUACGAUAACUGUCGCGUGCCACUAGUCAGCCUAUCCAUUGCGACGGCCAUCCUCCUGUUUGUGUCGGCCAUUGCUCUCGCUACCCGAAAGUACCACAACAGAAACCAGCAACUCAAGUUCAAGGAGAGAGAACUGCAGGACAAACACAAGAGUAUGCGACUGUAUCAGAAGAAGCUAGACCAAAUCAACAUCGGAGCAAGAAUACAGUGGUCAUCGCUCAACCGCACCAAGAAACUGGCCAGGGGCUCUUUCUCGCAAGUGUGGCUAGCAGAGUUCAGCGACAUGCUGGUAGCUGUGAAAGUACUACCGAAAUAUACAGGUAGAAACAUUUCGCUGACUGAUCAUUUUAUCCAAGAAGCUGAAGUUCUCCGUUCAAUUCGACAUCCUAAUAUCGUCAUAUUCCUGGGAGCCGGCACUGACCACGCAAGUAAACGACCGUUUCUCGUCAUGGAGUACUUGCGGCGGGGCUCGCUCUAUCACGUGCUCCACGACAGAGACAAUGUCUUCACACAUCACGAUCGCUUGAGGUUCGCCCUGGACACGGCCCGCGGCAUGGCAUAUCUGCACGGCUCCAACCCGCCACGUCUGCACAGAGACCUGAAGUCUCCCAACCUGCUAGUCAGCGACAAGUGGGUGGUGAAAAUCGGAGACCUGGGCACGUCACGGUUCAUGGCGAUUCUAGAUCCUGACAAGGCUGACAACCAGACGACCCACAGCGCAGAUACCGCGACCCUCGCGGAUACAGAUGGCGAUGAAAAUCAGCUCGCUGACGCAGCCGACCAGAUUCCAACUGAACCUACGCGUAUCGUGACAAGCAACUCCUUGGAUCCCGGAGUGAAUACAGAACAAGAGGAAACCAGUCUGACAACUCCUUUGCUCACGGACAUCUCUACAAACCAUGGUGAGACGUACCAGCGCUAUUCUGCAUCGGUGAUGACCCGUGAAGUGGGUACACUGAGAUGGAAAUCACCCGAGACUGUGCGGGGAGAGCAUUACAACGAGAAAGCCGACGUAUACAGCUUUGGCGUGGUGCUGUGGGAGAUAUUCACUCGCCAAACACCGUAUGUCCAUCUUAAGGGCGAGGGAGAGGUGGAGGCAGCAAUCGCCCGUGGCCACCAGCUGCCACUACCACCUGGCAUGCCAUACGACUAUCGUCACCUGGUGGAAGCGUGCCUGCGACCCACCGCCACGGAACGACCAAAUUUCAGUGAAAUCCCCAACGACCUUGAGACCCAGCAAGCUAACGCCUGACGGACAUUUGCACAGAGUACACAGAGUACAUUGUACGUACACCAGCGCACAGUGUAUAAGAAACACAAUUACUACUACUACUACCGUACAUGUAUGUAUGUAGAUUCUUUUUAGAUUCUUGUUCAACUAUCAUUGCAUAUCCCUCUCAUCGCUAUUCUUGCACUUGGCUUGUACUGUAUGAAAAUAAUUGUCUCUUAUUACAGACCCCCCCCCUCUCUCUCUCUCUCAGCACGAACGUCUCACCCAGAUUUACAACACAUUCUAAAGUGCGGGCUUCAUUCUUGUCCAUAACAGUAUGAAGGCGUAUGUACUUCAGUACAUGUAAAUUACGUUUGUGUCCCCUGGUUUGCUGUAUUUCUUGAAUUUUCUGAAGCAUUCUGCACAUCUCCGCUAACGAAUUCACUUUCUUUCUACAAGAUAGUACAUGUAUGUUCGUAGUUCAAGUCUCCUUGACAACCUCCAACUUUGAGGCAUACCACUUCAAAAAUACAUUUACAUGUACACUGUAGAAUAAAGAUACGGAAACGCAACAGCUGAUGCGCAUUGGCCAGAGCUUGGCAUUAGGAAGUUUUUUUCUUUGCUAUCUCGACGGAUUGAUUGUACUGGCAAAGCUAAAUCAACGUGUUCAGAUAGAAAAUACCAAAUUCAUGAUCAGAGAACCCUGUAGUGUAAAGCGUCUCUUAUGUUGUAUUCUGUUACCCCCUCUCUUUUUUUUCUACAUUGACGUUGUAUAUAAUUAUACAUGUACAUGUACUGCUGAGGCAACGACCUAAACUACAUGUAAAUCUAUUUUCAUCGUUUUAUUGCACAUUGUCUCCACCGUUUUACAUUGCAUGAACAAAGUACAGUAUACACAAAUUUCGAUUCAGCUUGUCUUAUUGAUUGCGGUUAUCAAAUCUCUCCUGCUUGUUUACCUUUCCUUCGCCUCUUUUCCUUUAUUUAUUUUCUUGCUAUUCUUGGAUACCACCCCUUUCUCGCACUUUGUGUGCCAAUUGGUCAUGU